GCCAGUUUCUAAUUUCAGAUCCCUGCCUGCCUCCUCCAACUGUGCUUUUUUUGCUUUUUCUUUAUUCUGUUGCCCCCCAGGCACAGGACUAGUUUUUAAUAGUUGUUCAAAAAGGAGGAUACACUUAUACAACAUUUCACAAUUAUAAGGGAUUGAACACAGGAUGGUUCACACAGUAGGAAUGAUUGAAGAUCGUGGGAGAAGAGGUAAUACCAUGGCAGAAAGAAGACAGCUGUUUGCAGAAAUGCGGGCUCAAGAUUUGGAUCGCAUUCGGUUAUCUACCUACAGGACAGCAUGCAAGCUCAGAUUUGUACAAAAGAAAUGCAAUUUGCACCUGGUGGACAUCUGGAACGUUAUAGAAGCUUUCAGAGAAAAUGGUCUGAAUACAAUGGACCCCAACACGGAGUUCAGCGUGGCUCGCCUGGAAGCAAUACUCUCCACCAUUUUCUACCAGUUGAACAAACGCAUGCCAACCACCCACCAGAUCAACGUUGAACAGUCCAUCAGCUUGUUGCUCAACUUUCUGCUGGCAGCUUAUGACCCGGAAGGCCUUGGCAAAAUGUCAGUGUUUGUUGUAAAAAUUGCUCUGGCAACAAUAUGCGGAGGAAAGAUUUUAGACAAAUUAAGAUAUAUUUUUUCACAGAUUUCUGACUCCAGUGGCAUAAUGAUUUACUCAAAAUUUGAUGUGUUUUUGCGGGAGGUACUAAAACUGCCCACAACAGUUUUUGAGGGCCCCUCCUUUGGGUAUACUGAACAGGCUACCAGGUCGUGUUUUGCCCAACAGAAAAAGGUAUCGCUCAACAUUUUCCUGGAUAUCCUCAUGUCUGAUCCCCCACCUCAGUGUCUGGUUUGGUUACCAUUAAUGCAUCGUCUGGCUAACGUAGAAAACGUCUUUCACCCUGUAGAGUGCUCGUACUGCCACAGUGAGAGUAUGAUGGGCUUUCGCUAUCGCUGCCAGCAGUGUCAUAAUUACCAGCUCUGUCAGGACUGUUUCUGGAGGGGACAUGCUAGUGGUUCCCAUAGCAACCAACACCAAAUGAAGGAAUAUACAUCAUGGAAAUCUCCUGCUAAGAAGUUAACUAAUGCGCUUAGCAAGUCCUUAAGCUGUGCUUCCAGUCGUGAGCCUUUGCACCCAAUGUUCCCUGACCAGCCUGAAAAACCUCUAAACCUGGCCCACAUUGUGCCUCCGAGACCUGCAAACAGCCUGAAUGACACCAUGUUCUCUCACUCUGUUCCCAACUCAGGAAGCCCGCACGCAAAUAAAAGAUCAACUGGUGCAAGUCCACAUAGUCCAGUGACUGAUGAUGAUGGUGAUGAUGGUGAUGAGCAUGCGCUAAUAAACCUGUUUGUAAGUCUGCUCAGCAGCGACUCACGCUUGCCUCACACCAAGAAUAAUGAAGUAGAACAGAGCAAAAACUUGGCUAGGGCUGCUCCAGCUUUGUUGAAAGGGAAGGGGUUAACCUACAGCCUAGAUGUUGCCGAUAGACUUGCUGAUGAACAUGUUCUCAUCGGGCUGUAUGUCAAUCUGCUUCACAGCAACCCCACACGCGUGCUGGAGAGCACCAGCCGCCUGGAUGAAGAGCACCGGCUGAUUGCACGGUAUGCAGCCAGGCUGGCCGCCGAUGCGGCUUCAACGCAACAAGCACAACAGCAGCGGGCUGCUUCAGACAUUGCCUUUACCCUCGAUGCAAACAAGCAACAACGGCAGCUCAUCGCAGAACUAGAAAGCAAAAACAGAGAAAUCCUCCAGGAGAUUCAGAGGCUGCGUCUGGAGCAUGAGCAGGCCUCCCAGCCCAGCCCUGAAAAGGCGCAGCAGAACCCCACCCUCCUAGCAGAACUCCGACUUCUCAGGCAAAGGAAGGAUGAGCUGGAGCAGAGGAUGUCUGCUCUGCAGGAGAGCCGCAGAGAGCUCAUGGUUCAGCUCGAGGGGCUGAUGAAACUUCUGAAGGAAGAAGAAAUGAAGCAGGCAACACAAGGGGCAGGCUCCCCUCGCUCGUCUCCCAGCCACACCAUCAGCAGGCCCAUCCCUAUGCCGAUCCGCUCUGCAUCCGCCUGCUCGACGCCAACCCACACACCUCAGGACUCUCUCACCGGCGUUGGAGGGGACGUACAGGAAGCCUUUGCUCAGGGCUCCAGGAGGAACUUAAGAAAUGACCUGUUGGUGGCAGCUGACUCCAUCACAAACACCAUGUCGUCACUCGUGAAGGAGCUCAACUCAGAAGUUGGCAGUGGGGAGGAGGAUGAGGACAUACUACUGAAUGGACAGGACAGGGAUGCAGAUGGAAGAGCCACUUCUAGUCCUGCACAAUCUCCUGUUGAAGGCUGGAUGAGGCGAUCCCCUACAAGGACGUCAGUGGCUGGCUUGUGGAGGUGUCGUGGCAAAUCUCACCCCCCAUAUAAAAAAGCCGGCAGUGAGACCGAGAGUAAUGUGGACUCCGACUUUGGGCGUGCUCACUUUGAUGACCUGGUCCCGUCUCCCACCUCGGAGAAGGCUUUCCUCGCACAAAUCCAUGCCAGGAAACCUGGGUAUCUCCACAGCGCCUCAGCGACUAGCACCAUCCGCAAUGAUCUUGGAACGGAAGAUGGGGACGAUGAGAGCUACGAGAACGACUCAGUUCGCCAGCUUGAGAACGAACUGAAAAUGGAGGAAUACCUGAAACAAAGACAGACGGAGAAAACCUACAUGAUGAGCUGUGGCCAAACGGACGACGAGAGCUACGUGAGGACGGACGAUGAGGAAAGCUGUAUCCGGACGGAUGAUGAUGAGGAAGGGCUGGUGGCUCAGAGCAAAGAGUGGAACGAACACAUGAAGCGUCUCCUCAAGAACAAAAAGCUACAGCGAUUCUGAGAAGGAGAGCACUGUAACUUUUUAAAGCUUGUAGUUAGUUGUGUGUUUUAACAAUUUAGAAAACUUUCUCUUUAAGCUGUUCUUUUUUAAUGACAGCAUCUUCAGUGAUGUGUUUCAAUGGAACUAACAGGGCACACGAGACCAUGUCCUGGUUCUGCUGUUAGAAACAAUAGCAGCAUUACUAUUAAAAGAAAUAGUACCUUUUGCGCAUACGAUCAAUGCUCAGUUUACAUAUGAAACACUGGUAGACUUUAAUACUAGAAGGGUUUGAUUUCUAAAUGAUUUGUAGGUUGUUUUUUUGUUGUAUCGAACAGGUUGUAAUACUCAGAAAUAAGACUUCCAGAAAAUGCAGAAAAGUUUUUCAUUUUGUUUCAUUGGCAUCAUCACAAAUCAUGCAGUUUGAACUAAAAAGAAAACAAAAAAAGUCCCAAUUUCUGGAUUCAUUCAAUAUGUUAGCAGUUUUUAUCAAAAAUAACUCAGCCAUAUAUAUAUAUAUAUAUAUAUAUAUAUAUAUAUAUAUAUAUAUAUAUAUGUACACACAUACAGAUGUAUAUUAAAAAAGGAAAAGUUUUUAACAGCAACAUAUCGAAGUGAAAACUGUGAACCAAGUUGGGGAAUCUCAAUAAUAGAUGUCUAUAUACCACAGGUGCCAUAAGAUCAGAUAACUAUUGGAGUUAUUUUUUAAAUCUUCCAUUACAUUGUAUGUGUUGAUGCUUUUAAGUUGAUCCAAGCAUGUAUUUUCAGCAGCAAAGUUUAUAUUAAAUAUUUUGUUUGAGGCCUUCA